AUGGCAACUGCAGCAGCAGCGAUACAAACAAAUAUGAUUGCACUCGGUAUCGCAAAACUGAGUAUCAUACCGUUUCUAAUAUCUGUCUUAAUUUAUUUCAAUUAUUAUCUAAUGGAUCCCGUAAAUCAACCAAAAGUCAUGAAAAAUCUAUUAAAGGAAUACGAUUUCGUAGUGGUAGGUGGCGGUUCAGCUGGUAGCGUUGUUGUUAACAGAUUAACAGAGAAUCCAGAAUGGAGUGUUCUUCUUUUAGAAGCAGGUGGUUUCGAAAACAAGAUUACAGACAUACCAAUUUUCUCUAGCUAUUUACAUAAUACCAAAAUAGAUUGGAAAUAUAGGACUGAAAACCAAGAUAGUGCUUGUCAAGCAAUGAAAAAUAAACGUUGUUGUUGGCCCCGUGGAAAGGUAUUAGGUGGUUCAAGUGUAAUUAAUUUUAUGCUGUAUAUUCGCGGGAAUCGUCGUGAUUUCGAUCAAUGGGAAAGCUUUGGUAACCCUGGUUGGGGAUACGACGAUGUACUCCCAUACUUUAGAAAGUCACAGAACCAAACAAACCCAUAUUUGUCGCGGAACACCAAAUACCAUAGCACAGAUGGUUAUUUAACUAUUCAAGAGUGUCCUUAUAAUACACCACUGAAUCCAACAUAUUUUCAAGCUGCAGAAGAGAUGGGUUAUAACAUCGUGGAUGUUAAUGGCCAACAACAAACGGGCUUUGCAUUGCCUCAAUAUACAAUGCGCAGAGGCGCUAGAUGUAGUGCAGCCAAGGCAUUCGUACGUCCCAUCAAAUUUCGAAAGAAUUUUCACCUAUCAUUAUGGAGCCAUGUUACGCGUGUUCUCAUAGAUCCAAGUACCAAAAGAGCAUACGGUGUAGAAUUUAUUAGGAAUGGUCAUAUUGAGACCGUAUUAGCGAAGAAAGAAGUUAUACUUUCGGCAGGUGCUAUAAACACCCCUCAAUUAUUGAUGCUGUCUGGAAUCGGUGCUAAGAAUCACCUCGAAGAUCUUGAUAUUCCAGUAAUUCAGGAUUCACCUGGUGUUGGACAGAACCUUCAAGAUCAUGUAUCCCUUGUUGGUCUAACCUUCCUUAUCGACCACGAGAUCAGCUUUGUUUAUAAUCGCAUAUUAAAUAUAAACUCAAUAUUAAAAUAUGAAAUUACCGAAAACGGUCCACUAACUUCGAGUAUUGGUAUCGAUGCAAUAGGCUUUUUAUCCACCAAAUAUGCCAAUCAGACGGACGAUUGGCCCGAUGUAGAGUUAUUAAUUUCCUCUUCCUCGAUUAGUACUAUUGGAGAAUUACUUAAAGAUGCUUUAUGUCUAACGGAUAAUUUUUGCAAUGAAAUGUAUGGAGAAAUCAUUAAUCAAGAUAGUUUCAACAUUUUACCAAUGUUGCUCAGACCUAAAUCUCGUGGAUAUGUGAAAUUAAGGUCGAAAAAUCCAUUCGAUUAUCCAUUAAUGUAUCACAAUUAUUUAACGAAUCCUGAUGACGUAAAUGUUUUACGAGAAGGAGUCAAAGCAGCAAUUGCAUUUGCUGAAACGAGUAGCCUGAAAAGAUUAGGGACAAGAUUUUACAAUAAGCCAUUGCCAAAUUGUAAACAUUUUCCGAUGUUCACGGAUGAGUAUUGGGAAUGUGCAAUUCGCCAAGUUACCAUGCCAAUUUAUCACAUGAGCUGCACUGCGAAAAUGGGUCCACGAUCCGAUCCAAUGGCGGUCGUAGAUCCCUCUUUAAAAGUAUAUGGAGUAGAAGGACUUCGAGUGAUCGAUGCUUCGAUCAUGCCUACGAUCACUAGUGGACAUAUCAAUGCACCUGUGAUAAUGAUUGGUGAAAAAGGUUCGGAUCUCAUAAAGAAGGACUGGAUGUCUAGACGAAAGAGAAGCAAUGAGACUAUCUCAGGUUCUUUCAAUCAAUAUUAG